AUGGGCGCGCCGCGACCGCUCCACGUGGUCACCGCAAUCCUCGUCGGCGCCUACCUCGGUCGGCGCGGCCUGCGCAAGGGGUCGCUGAGCAAAAGCGGCGCGAUGGCGGCCUUCGCCGUGGCCGUGCUGACCUGGGGCAGCGGCCCGCGCUUCGGCAUCACGCUCAUCGCCUUCUACCUCUCCGGCAGCAAGCUCUCGCGCGUCGGCGCGGCGACGAAGAUGCGCCAGGACGAGGCGGCGACGGAGGGCGGCGCGCGCGACGCGGCGCAGGUGCUCUGCUGCUCGCUGCCGGCGGCUGUGCCGGCGGCGCUCGCGGCCGCGGCGUACCGCGCAGAGAUCGGCGACGACGCGCGCACAGACCUCACCGCCAACACCCGCGGCACCAUGCUCGUCGCGCGCUUCGUCGCCUUCUUCGCCGUCUGCGCCGGCGACACCUGGGCGUCGGAGCUCGGCUGCCUCGCGGCGGCGCCGCCGCGGCUCGUGACGGCGCCGUGGCGCGUCGUGCCGCCGGGCACGAACGGCGGCGUGACGCUCGCCGGCACGGCCGCGUCGGUCGCCGGGGGCGCCUUCGUCGGCGUCGUCCACGGCCUCGCGGGCUUCGCGACGGUCGGCGCGUCGGCGGCCGGCGCGCGCGCCGAGGUCGCCGGCCUCGCCGCGCUCGGCGCGGCCGCGGGGUUCGCGGGCUCGCUGCUCGACUCGGUCCUCGGCGCGACGCUCCAGCGGACGAGCUUCGACGACGAGAAGCGGUGCGUUGCGCGGCCGGAGCGCUCGGACGCGCGCGCGCUCUGCGGCGCCGACGUCCUCUCGAACCACGGCGUCAACCUCGCCUCCGCGACCGCCGUCAUGCUCGCGGCGCCGGGAGCCGCGCGGUGGUGGCUCCUCCGCGCUUAG